AUGGAACCCCAACACGUUGAGAAUGCACCUGCUAAUGAUGUUGUUGCCCCUCCUCCUGGUAAUCCUAAUAAUGUUGAGGAAGAUGUUCUUCCUCAACAUCCCUUAGGUGCUAGUAGGUCAUUAAAAUCAGAUGUCUGGCCUCACUUCACUAGGAUGAUGGUUUCUGGGGUUUUGAAAGCUAAAUGCAACUACUGUAAAAAGAUCUUGGCUGGGAAAUCUAGUAAUGGUACUUCACAUCUUAGGACUCAUAGGAACAAAUGUGUUCAUAAGAAAAUACACGAUGGGAGUCAAAGAGUUCUUGGUGCUAACUAUAGUGCCAAUGGGACAGCUGAUAUGAGUACAACUCAGUUUAGUAGUGAGGUGUCUAGAAAGGAGCUCUGCACCAUGAUCUUGGUGCAUGAGUAUCCCCUUUCUAUUGUUGAGCACCUUUACUUCAAACGAUUUUGUUGCACCUUAAACCCUCUCUUCAAAGUCCCAGCCAGAAAUACCAUAAAAAAGGACAUAGUCGCUAUUUAUGGGUUAGAGAGGUCUAAGUUUCAAAAGGUCAUUGAUGAAAACAAAGGGAGGAUAGCUGUCACCACUGACAUGUGGACUGCCACAAACCAAAAAAGGGCCUACAUGGCUGUUACCGGCCACUAUAUCGAUAACUCUUGGAAUCUGAGAAGCCAUCUUUUGAUGUUUGGUUACCUCCCUGCCCCACACACUAGUGAGAGGUUGGCUGUAAAGCUAGCUCAAUGCCUCCAAUCGUGGAAUAUUGAUAGUAAAUUGUCAACAAUAACACUUGACAAUUGUACUACCAAUGAUUCAAUGAUCAACAUAGUUAAAAAAAGGCUGGUUUUGUCUAAUCUAAUUAGGGAUGGAUCACUUCUCCAUAUGAGGUGCUCUGCUCACAUCCUUAAUUUGAUUGUGAGGGAUGGUCUUGAUGUUCUGAAAGAUGGAAUAGAUCAAAUAAGGGAAAGUGUGGUUUUCUGGACAUGCACACCUAGGAGGGUGGAGUAUUUUCAUGCUACUGCUCAACAACUUAAACUGGCUGUUUCUAAGAAAUUGGUCUUAGAUUGUCCCACUCGCUGGAAUUCCACCUACGAGAUGCUUUCUAGUGCUAUUCCGUAUAAGGAUGUGUUUUCUUUAUUGAAAAUAAGAGAACCUCAUUAUGACUAUCUGCCUACUAAUGAGCAGUGGGAGUUUGCUGCUAUUUUGGUAGAGAAACUUGAUGUUUUCAAGGACAUAACUAUGAUCUUUUCUGGUUCAAACUACCCAACAGCGAAUCAGUUUUUUCCUAAAGUGUGUGACUUGAGGUUACGAUUGUUGGAAUGGUUAAGUGACCCUAAUCUGAUGAUUGUCUCUAUGGCUGAGAAAAUGUGGACUAAGUUUGCCAAAUAUUGGGAUGAUAUUCACUUGUUGUUGGCCGUUGCUGUUGUGUUGGAUCCACGUUAUAAGUUGGAAAUUGUUGGGUACUAUGCUGGUAAAUUUGGUAUUACUAGUACCGAUCUUGUUUCUGAAAGGGUCAGAUCUGUACUUGCUGACUUGGUUGUUGAAUACCAAAGGAAAUCAUCCAAAAACUCGGCUGUUCCUUCUAGUUUGAAUGCUUGUUCUUCGGCCACUGAUCUGGAUUUUGAUCUAUAUGUGAGCCAAAGAAAGAAAACUCGAACAACUGUGGUUACUACCGAGUUAGAUCACUAUCUAGCUGAGUAUGUUCAUCCUAGAACACCGGACUUCGAUUUGUUGGGUUGGUGGAGAUUCAAUGGUGCCAAGUAUCCCAUUUUGCAAGAAAUUGCAAGGGAUUUACUUGCUGUACCUAUUACGAGUGUUGCAUCUGAAUCUGCAUUUAGUUCUGGUGGGAGACUGCUUGAUCCCCAUCGAAGCAGACUUGAUCCUAUGACAGUGGAAGCCAUGAUGAUGCUAAGGACUUGGAUUCAGGACGAUAACAAAGUGACUUCCUCGGACGUGAAAGCACUGGAGGGGGUGUUCUCGGCUAUGGCAAUGGAGGAUGCCACGGUGGAAGAGUGCAUAGAUGGAGCUGGAACUCAGGGGGAGCAGAGAGGAGAUGAAGAUGUUGCUGCUGAGGUCAACCUGCUGGACUAG